CCUUUAUCUUAGCAAUACAUUUUUCCUUUGCCUGGAUAGCAUAUGUGAUGAGGGACCUCUGCAUGUUUUCGCAGGAAGGACCUCCCGGUCAACCCAGGGAAGGGCUGACCAUGCCACCUUCCAAAGAUGUGGUCAAAAUCGCUGUGCAGAUGAUGGGGGCGAUUCCCCAGCUCAUCGAACUGAAUCAGGCUAAGCCUCUGUCAGCAGUUGUGAAAGAAGUCUGUGAAGUGUGGAACCUGAAUAAUUCCGAGCGCUAUGCUCUGCAAUACGUGGAUGGCCAGCAAGCCUACAUUACAGAACUGAACCGUGGAGAAAUUAAGAAUGGGAGCAUCCUACAGUUGACAACUGCUCCGUACAGGGGAGGUUCUGGCGUAUACCCUGAAGGCCUUUGUGGAACUGAUGGAACAUGAUUUUGUUUCCUGGGAGACCCUCAGCCCCACUUUCAUCAAAAAGAAUGAACACACAGCUGCAGCUCAAAGCUAUGGCGCUCCUGAUUGCUCUCCUCCUCAAUGCUGGCGAGGCAGAAAGAAGGGAGAUGAUGGACUAUCUAGGGGAGAAGAACCUCCGGCAAUUUAUCCACAAGAACAUUGUCCACGCUUCGGACCCGAUUGCGGAUGAGAUGGCUCACUACCUCUACGUCCUGCAGUCGCUCACACUCAACCUCCUGGAGCGUCGGAUGAGGGCCCCCAUGGACCCCUAUUCCCAGGAACAACGGGACCUGCUCCAGUCUUUGCGCCAUGCUGCCUUUGUGUCCGAGAACGAGUCUUCCGCUGGCAGCUACAACACCGAGCGUCGACACUCGCUUUGUGCUAAAGAAUUCCGCAAGCUGGGCUUUGUGAAUAACAGUAACCCAGCGUUGGAUUUGCACCGGACUCCUCCGGGGUUGCUUGCGCUGGACAGCAUGGUCUAUUUCUCCAGGCAUUUCCCAAAUGCGUACAGCAGGGCUCAGAGACAGCCCAGGCUUUCUACCCCAUGUUCUUUGGCCAAGAACACUUCUUUGAUGAGGUUUUCUGUAUUUGCAUCCAGCUGUUGAACAAAACCUGGAAGGAGAUGCGAGCUACUCAAGAGGAUUUUGACAAGGUCAUGCAAGUGGUUCGGGAGCAGAUCACACGAACCCUGGCCCUGAAGCCCACUUCGCUGGAGCUCUUCAAGAGUCGAGUGAACACCCUCAACUACAGUGAGAUCCUGCGUCUCCGGCAGACAGAACGCAUGCAUCAAGAGGAAAUUCUACCUGUCCCUGUCCU